UCAGAAUGCAUUGGUGACAUAACUGCAAGAAAUCAUGUUUUAACUUUCAGUGAACCCUCAAAUGCAUUUUCACCUUCUUGCCCCAAAACAGCCCAUGUCUGUGAUCUUCUCUCAGGUGCUCAGAAGACUAGUUGUCAUGAAAUUUUAGAGAAUGAAAAUAUACAACAUUGUUCUAGGGAAAAUAAUGAAGAUGAAGGAAUUGAUAUGUUUGUUGAUAUGUUUAUUACUGAAGUCAUUCAAAGUUCUGUGAAACAGUUAAGCAGUGAAAUAGUCACGGAGCAAAAUGCAAGUGUUGAAAACCAAAGCAAUGCAAACAUGCCUAUGCAACAAAGUACUCUGCCAUAUGUUGAGUCUGUAGAAGGCUCAGUCAACUGUGGAAAACAAGAUCCGAAUCAUCAAGAGCAAAAGAUGCUGCAGUGCAAAACAUUACAUCAAGAUCUAAAUCAAAUAGCCCGUCAGACCUACCAGCCCAGCAUCCUUAACUUGGACAUCAUGUAUGUGAAGUUUCACAGUGUUAGUCUAGGUACUGCAUGUUUGCGGACGUUUGCCAAAGCAAACCCAGGACUUCACAUGUUCAGUAUUGCUUGGAAGGAAUUGACAGACCAUUCUUUUGAAGCUGUCAUAGAAAGUGAAAGGGAGUUAAAAACGGUGUCCUUGGUUGAAUGUGAGCAUCUGUACACAUCCAGUAUAAUAAAGCUGGGUAUUUCCUGUCAGCACCUACAAAACAUUGAUUUGAAAGGAGUGAACUUCAUCCAAGACCCAGCAAUAACUGCUCUGGUAAGCUCUGGGAACGUACGCAAGCUUUCUCUGGCAGAGAGUGACAUCACUGAUGUGGCACUGAGGAAUAUUGUCAGAUAUGGAAAGGACAAACUAGAAGACUUGGACCUGUCAUGGUGUGAGAACAUUACUGAAGACGGACUGAACGAAAUUGCUACAGCUUGCUCUCAGCUCCGUAGCUUGACCCUGCGUCGCUGUCCAGCCACUGCUAACACCCUGAAAUUGCUCUCAGAGAACUGCCCCUUACUGACCUCCCUCAACCUGUCUGGUAUAGGCUCCAUGAAUGAGGAUGUUGUCAUUAGCUGUCACUGGGUGACCAGGCUGGACUUGCUGGAACAGCUGGACCUCAGCUGGAAUUUGUGGGUAACAAAUGAUGGGGUAUCAACUGUGCUGCAGUCCUGUAUUUUCCUGAGGCAUUUGAGUCUUGGUGGCAAUAAGAUGCUUACUUCCAAACCUUACUUACCCAUGAUUUCUGAUGUGGCAAAAUGGAGGAGAAGCCAAGCAGUGCUGAGGUUCAAGAUACAGGAGCGCAGGUUUUUACAGGAUCACCCAGAAUCUAACACUGGAGAUUCAAGCGACGAGGAAUAUGAAGAUCUGUUCCUGCCUCACAGGUCCACAUCCUAUGCCUCAGAGCUGAGAUAUCUGAAUCUGGAGUACUGUGACAUGGUAAACGAUAUCCACCUGGGAGAGCUGGUGGCCGUCUGCCGGGGGACACUGCAUAUAGUAGGUUACUAUGGAGAGGCAGUGGAGCCAGCCUGGAUUGCUGCACGGAUGGGUAGCCUCUUCUUAGCACCAAGUGGGAUUGUAGUUUGACACCUGUGACCUAAGGGAAUACUAUGGACAGGAGAGCUUUUUAGACAAAAGGAACCCUGCACCACACCUAACUGUUCUGUGAUGAUUGUGACACAAUAGUGAUAAUGCUGUAGGUUUUUUUGUGAUAUCAGAUAUAUUAUAAUCAUAACAUGGUUUGACUAGUCAUGGUUUGAGAAAAAUAGGAGAUCAAAGGGGUAAAAUGGAAGCUGGUCAUGGGGUAAUAUCACUAAGUGAAUCACAGCUGUUAUACAUACAAAUUGAUGUUGGAUACAAAAGUUAUGCUUGGAUACUAAUACUUUUGCAGCUUUGCAACCAAAUGACAUGGCAGAAAGUGGAAAAACAUUGAACACGUAUGGUAUAUUACCUUUAAGGCGUAAUUUCAGUACCUCUUCAGCACUUGGCGACACUAACAUUUGUCAUAAAUUCAGUUUAAAUCUAUGGCUUCAUUCCUAUAGAUUCUGAUUUGUUAAGCUGUCAUAAGCAAACAAACCAUACGGAAGUUAUAAAAAUAUGUAGAUUUAUACAUACUGAUGAAAUUAAAGGGGGCAUUAAUAAUAGUACUAUAUAAUAAUGAUAAUAGGGUUAUAUUGAAAAAAAAAGAUGUUUCUGUCAGCGGGCAUUCAGAACAAUGGACUAACAGAUCCAUAAAUCAAAUACGUCCGUCCCACUUGAAUGCUCGUUACAUAAUUCCUGCGUGGGAUCUAUUCUGUGUCCAAUCUGGAAUUAAGCAACAAGCUUUUUAGUGGAUUGCCAUAUUUGAUCUGUGGAUCUGUUAGUCAGCUGUUCUAAUUUUCACUUUAUUUUAUUGUAUCAGCAUUAUAUAACAUUUCGCUAUUUUAAGGGAAAAACAAUUCAUAUUAGUGCCACGAUUUUAUUACACACUGAGAUGUUGAACAAUUUUAUGUUCUGCCAUAAACAAAAAAUUACCCUAUAUAGUGUUUGUUUGACCUAAAUCAUACAAAAGAUGAAAAGUGACACAUAUAAUAGAAAACUACCAAUUCACAACAAUUAUUUCACAUAAUUAGAAUACAAUCACAGUUUUUAACAAGCUAAACUUCAAAUGUAAAUAUGUUUACACUUAAAUGAUGUAAUGAUGUUAACACAAUGAGUACACUAUAGGAUAACGGGACUGGAUCCAUGCUGCAAGUUGUAGAUAAACCAUUUAAAAAAUUGUAAAAGUGUCUUCUACAAUGUCUGGGUCAUACAAAAGUACGAGUCUGAAGGCCUUUCAUGUUCAACUGAAAAUGAUGACCUUGUCAGAAACACAUACUGAAAUGCAAUCAUUCCCCAGUUUGUUUUAAGAUUUUU